UCGCCGCUCAAGGACGGCGGAAGGCAACAACGCGCGCGCUCAAGCUUCCAGCAAACGCGCACAUCAGAGUGGCACUCCAACACCGACGCCCUCAUCUUCGCCCAGACUGUGGCACGCGGCAUGAACCGCCUCACCACCGUCCUCUACCCCUCGAUGCCCGGGUCCGCCGGGUCCGAGGGGUCGCCGGCGAACCAUACCCCUCAGGACUCGGUGACGGGGGCGGCUUCGCCUGUCGAGCGACACUUGUCGUUGAGUGUCAAUGUAGGCGCACGGUCAAUCUAUGACGAUCCUCGCGCGACCCGCUUCCCCUCGCCCCCGCCAACCCUUGAUCGCUCGCACUCUGAUGUGGACGCAGGAGCUGCACGCACUCAACGCCAGCGUCGCCCGACCGAUGUUGAUUCCACUUCCUCUGGGCCUGACAGCCGUAAACAUACCGGCGCCUCGACACCCGCCGCUGUGAUCCGUCGCGGGCCUGAUCGCUCACUCCGCGUCAACCUCAUGGCGGCCAGCGUCCAGACCCAGCGCCGCAAUCGCAACUCAGCGGGGCCCGCCGCCACCGGCCGGCUCAAUGCUAUGGCCAAAGGGCCCAAAGGGCGAUACGUCGUCGGCGGCAGUCAAUACUUGCGCGUGCUCGAGAUGACGAACCCGGCGGCGGAGGGCACAGCGUCGCCGAAAUCGCGUUCCCCUUUCGGACGCGGCCCGGGUGGCGUGGGCAUCUCCGAGGUCGUAAAUCUGUGGCGUCCGUCGUGGAGCCCAAAUAAGGGCGUCAACGAUGUCGACUGGGGGUGUGGGAACUUUGAGAACAAGAUUAUGACAGCAACGCCCAGCGUGCACUGGAUGAUCUUUGAUGUGGAGCGCGGCAAGCUCGAUCGUGAGGUAGGCGGGGGGCAUACGCGCUCGGUGAACGUCAUCCGCGCCUCCAAGAUGCCUAGCUUCGCGCACAUGGUGUUGACUGGCGGGCAAGAGGGGCAAGUGAGAUUAUGGGAUCUUCGUGCAGCCGAGCCUGCAAAUAGAAAGCACUACAAGCACAACGCUUCCAUUACAGCUCUUUCGCUCUGCCUCGAUGACCCGCAUCAGUUCGUCGUAGGUACCGAUACUGGCGGCCUAUAUCGCUAUGAUUCUCGAGUGCCAGGCAAGGCAAUCGGUAAAGUGUGGGGCGCGCACGGCUCUAAGGCUGUGAUGGACCUCAAGUGGAAGGAGAGCGAAGAGUUCACCCUACCGGGCCAGGGCUGGCUCGCGAGUGCGGGCAGUGACAGGACCGUGCAGAUUUGGGACAUGUCGCAGCCUUGGGAGAAAGGGGCGACAGCUACUCAUGUUCUUCACACGACGUAUGCAACUCGCCGUGUCGACUGGCGUCCGUCACAUGCGACCGAGCUGGUUGUCGUGCCAUGGGACCAACUCACUGCAACGGCUUCACCUGACUCCAACCGCCCGGAGGCGCCACCUCCGCUGCCUCUUGAGUCGGAGCAGUCCCUGGAGGUGUGGGAUGUGCGACGCCACUACAUCGCCAAGUACGCACUGCCCGGGCAUGACAGCAUGGCGAUCGCUGCAUCGUGGGACGACGAGGACACUGUCGUCGCCUGCUACCAGAACGGCGGCCUGGUGCAGAUCGACCUCCAUAGCAGAGUGGCGCCGAAAACGCUUCCGCUUGAAACUAUUCCACGACAAGUCGUAGCCUUUAGCUCCAAGGGCGAAGUUGCGUACGCCAUCGAUCGCUUCAAGUUGGGCGAAAUCCCCUUCGAUGAUGUGUACGUUUUUCAUAUCUUGUGUCGUUGACAGACAGGAAGACAGAAUAUUCUGCGCACUGGCAGGUUGGCGGCCGGCAUCGCAAAGCGCCGGGUGACCACGCUUACGAGCCUGUGCAGGCCAUGGGCG